AUGAGCGAACCAGGUCGGGCUUCUAAUACCGCCUCACAAGCUGCACCUUCAUCCACAUUUUCUUCGUACCAGACGAAACAACCAUUUCCACCACUUGCACCAGAUGGCCCACAGUCGCCGCAGCAGGGACUUCCCGACGGCCAGUACGACGAUGAGGAUGACCACAGCGUUACUUCUCGAGGCGAGGAUGAUGCUGAGGUAGACGAUGAUGCCGACUUUCAGUCACACUACUCUUUGGGUAAUCAAUCUUCUGAAGACACAUCCGAGGCCGAGGACCUUGGACCGGACGACGACAACAUUGCGAUGCGUCGCCCUUUUUCCCAGUCGUCCAGUUCGCUUCACGGCCCCAAUGCAUUCGCUCCUCCAUUCUACAACAGGCCUCCUACUCCUCUGCCGCCGUCACCAUCUUUGACAUCCCUUCUCCGUCCCCCUUUCUCCACGACUACAUCGCGUCCGACAACGCCUGAUAGCUCCGACGUGGAGACUCCCAACGAUACCGAGGCCGCCGUCGCUAAAUCAGCUCGGACAGCAACGACAGUUCCAAGAGCGAGUCCUAAAGUCCCUACGUAUGAAUAUUAUGGUUUCGUUCUAUAUCUAGCCUCGUCGUUGGCCUUUUUGAUAUAUCUCCUCUGGUCCUAUCUCCCUUCUCCGUUCCUUCAUCAACUGGGAAUAUACUACUACCCAAAUCGUUGGUGGUCACUCGCUUUCCCGUCGUUUCUUGUCAUGACAAUUGUAUACAUUUACGUUGCCUUGGCAUCAUAUAACACAGGCUAUCUCACCUUGCCGAUGAAUAGUAUAGAGAAUAUCGUGGAUGAGGCUGCGAAUAUCGCUGUAAUCGAUGGAAAGGGCAGACGUCGCCCGGGUGGCUCUGAGAAAAUGAAACCGGGGGCGACUACGUCCCACAUAAUGGGCUCUCAGAAUCGCAAGAUAAAUUGGAAGGAGAUCUGGAGUGAAGGCACAGAUGCAGUCAUGGACGUACCAGUGGGCGGUGUAUGCGAAGUGCUAUAUGGUCAGGAAAGGGGACCACAAGAGACAGACUUUGACGGCCCGGGACUUGAUAGCAACCACGGAGCAGGCUCUGGCUCUCGCAAUCUUGUAUAG